AGACACACGACCACAGGUAAUACUUAGAGCUCUAGAUGAGACUGGGUUAGAAUUCCGCUGGAACGGUCAACUGCCACAGCAUUAUAACUCGUCCGCGAUGGUACACCGGAUGAUCGUAGCGCAGGAGACGACCGUGUGCGCAGAGGGGGUGGUUGAUACCACUGGCGGUGACAUAGUCAUACACACAGGCACGGUGAUUCACCCUGGCGCAAUCAUCAAGGCUGCAUCAGGUCCAGUGCACAUAGGCGAGAAUUGUGUUAUCGAGGAAGGAGUUACUAUCAUCAAUGACGGAGACAGUGGCGCGGCUUUAGUCAUCGGAAACAACUGUCUGCUGGAGUUUGGGUCGCAUGUGGGGUCCGAGUGCGUGUUAGGUGACGGUGUGGUGUUAGAGUGCAAAGCCAAAGUGGCAGCUCAUUGUCAACUAGGCCACAACGUAUGUGUAGGUGCUGCCUGCGCGGUUGCUAAGGGAGAUACAUUGCCGGACAACACUGCCGUGUAUGGCAAGGAGUGUUACAGGCGCACGAUGCACCAGAGCGUAGUCGCGCUGCGGCAAUCGACACUUACGGGUCUGUUGCUAUUCUUGAGAACCCAGCUGCCGAAAGGGAACAACAUUAGACCCGCCACAGACUGAAAACAUGGGGUGGGGGGGAGAUGCAGUGUGUGUACUUUCUCUCAAUUGUCCUCAAUAUUCAUGCGCUCAUCGAGUUUUACCAAGUAUGGAUGCAAGCUUUUACUGGCAUAGCUUUAAGCCCACUAUUAAUAUACUUUGGGUUUUUGAUAUACCUUGGGUCUGCUUGCUUAUACGCUGGUUGCACCACUCAGUUUAAUGCGAAUGCAGCAGCAUUAGCUGUACAGCUGCUGCGGACUCUGCAUGGGACUAGCGCAUCGAGAAUGCGUGCUGGGUGUCUGGCGAACGUCUAUCACUGCUGACAGUUGAAUACCUAGGAAUUUCCUACUGGGUGCUGUGUUCUGUGUAUUUGUAUACACAUAUAGUAUGUAGGUAUAUUUAUCUACACAUAUAAUAUGCAGGUAUAUAUUCAUGUACACAUGUAUAUUGCGUAGGUAUGUUUAUCUACACAAUUAUAAUAUGUAGGUAUAUUUACGCACAUAUAUAGAAUAUGUAGGUAUAUUUAUGUACACAUAUAUAUUGUGUAGGUAUGUUUAUGUCCACAAAUAUAACAUAUAGACAUUCCUGCGUGGAGUAUAGUCGCCACAUGCCUACACACCAAGUACAUCCACCUUUGAACAUACGGACCUCCGCUGUUGCGAUGAGAGCAAAUGCGCAGAAUUUCUCGGUCAGCGUAGUGGGACCAGUUUAAAGCGCAUUAGCCGCAGAAGAAGCCCACCCAGUUUAGGGUUUUAGGGUUUAGCACUGUAACCCUACUUGCACUGCAGGAGACGGGGGGUUAGUCUUCAUAGCAGACGUCUCAUUCAUUCAUGUAUCAGCAGAGCUUUCCUUCACCUUCUGUCCCUGUCGGUGGGCUGGUGCGGUGACUGAUUGUCAGAGGUGGUUGGUUGGCUAUGACACCGUCAAUUGAGGAUGAUGGUAGGGCCAAUUGCCAGCGAUGUGUAACUGUGAGUGUUCAGCAGUCAGGUAUCGUAUGAGUGGCCUUGAGAUGGGCUAUACAUGGGUGUCUAUUCGUAGUACUGUGAAUGGUACUAUGAAUAGUACUACGAAUAGUACUAUGAAUAGUAGGGUGUGAAUAGAGAGGACGAUGGCAUGCGGAGUGUUUGAAUAGGAGAAGACGCGUCACAUCGGGGGAGCCACGGAGGACAAACUAUUGCUUAUGUUUACUGUAUUACACCUCAAUAAAGAAAGAUGGUAGCUAUUGAG